AUGUCCUCUCCAGCCCCCCUACUCCGUCCCCCAAUUCCAGGCAGCCGAAAUACUGGUGCACGAACACCUAGAUUGGGCCUCGCCAUACCGCCCUCCCCAAAUGCCAAACCCGUCAACGGCGGGCCUCAACCAGGCGGUCUGUCGUUACAAAUGCCUGGACAGGGUCUGUCGCUACAAAUGCCUGGCCAGGCCGCUUCCUCAAGACCCUCACUACCUCGAUUACAAUUAGCUACACCGAUGGGCAGCAGCCAGACGCCAUAUGAGCAGGCUCUACAAAAUGGGCGGCCGAGUGUGCAACCUGUCGCUGGGCAGUCGGCCAGUGGUGGCAGUGAAAGCAGUGCAGCACAUUCAAGGGCUGGUAGUUUUGGUCCCUUAGAUGGCAGAGCGAGUAAUCCCACUUCGGCGGGGUCACAGUUCUCCGCCUUAUCAUUUGCGUCGCAAUACGGUCUACCACAACCCACACGAGGAACACCAGAUCCAGCUUCAGCUGUUGGGUCGCUAUAUUCAAACGCAAGCGAAGGGGGUGCUGGUAUGGAGCGUGAAGGGAGCAUAAGUGGACUUGAGGGAUUUGACAAGUUGAGCUUAGAAAGCUUAGAGAAGAUGAGGACAUUGGAUGUAGACGAGCUCGAUGAUGAGGCGUGGCGGCUGGCAAGUUCAGAGAAGAGGAUUGAAGAGCUGGGGAGUUUGGGAGAGGGUGCUGGAGGUGCUGUCACACGAUGUAUGCUGAAGGGAGGGAAGACUGUCUUUGCACUCAAAGUAAUCACUACCAACCCCGAUCCAGAUGUUAGGAAACAAAUCGUCCGCGAACUGAAAUUCAAUAAAGACUGCGCCAGCAAACACAUCUGCCGCUACUACAGCGCCUUCAUUGAGCCCAGCACAGCAACCAUCUCCAUCGCCAUGGAAUUCUGCGAAGGCGGCUCCCUUGACAGCAUCUACCGCGAAGUUAAAAAACUGGGUGGCCGGACUGGCGAAAAGGUCCUUGGAAAGGUGGCCGAGGGCGUUCUAAACGGCCUCACCUAUCUCCACGGCAAAAAGAUCAUCCACCGCGACAUCAAACCUAGCAACAUCCUGCUCUGCCGCGACGGCCAAGUCAAGCUUUGUGACUUUGGCGUCAGCGGUGAGUUCGGCACCAAAGGCGACGCAAACACCUUCAUCGGGACAUCGUAUUACAUGGCGCCCGAGCGCAUCACCGGGCAGAGCUACACCAUUACUUCGGACGUAUGGAGUACGGGCGUUACGCUGCUUGAAGUCGCACAACACCGCUUCCCUUUCCCAGCCGAUGGGACGGAGAAGCAGCCUAGAGCCGGACUGAUCGAUCUCCUGACGUAUAUUGUGCGGCAGCCGAUUCCUAAGCUGAAGGAUGAGCCGGAUGCGGGGAUCAAAUGGAGUGAGAAUUUCAAGUACUUUAUCGAGUGUUGUCUCGAAAAAGAGCCCGCCCGCCGCGCCUCCCCCUGGCGCAUGCUCGAGCACCCAUGGAUGAUAGAAAUGCGCGCGAAGCGCGUUAACAUGGCGCAUUUCCUCGCUACGGUUUGGGGAUGGGAAGAAACCUCUUGA